AUGACCCUAGCUGAUGUUGCUGAAAAUUUGAUUCCCAAGUCUACUGAAGAGGGUGCUGAUUUUUGUGUGGAGAGACUGAUUAAGGCCCUUGAGCAAGCCAAGGUAGAUGCGAGGUUGAAGGCGGAGAAGAAAGAAAGUUUGAAAGCUGAGAAAGAAGAGAGAAAGAAACAGAAGCAGAUGCAAAACAAUACAGAUUCUGAUGUGAAAAGCACAGAAACCGUGACGGCCGACGAGGUGAAAGAAAACAAUGAUUCUGAGGUAAAAUGCGCAGAAACCGUGGCUAACGAGGUGAAAGACCACAAUGAUUCUGAGGAAAAAAGUGCAGAAACUAUGGCUAACGAGGUGAAAGAACUCGAUGAUUCUGAGGGAAAAAAUGCAGAAACCGUGUCUAACGAGGUGAAAGAAGAUUGA